AAAAAAUUUCCAAGUGAAAUUUUAACAGCUGUUCUAGAACGUGAUAUUUAAGGUCAGCCCAAUCGCACUCUUAAUUGAACUAUUGAAUCUCAACAUAUCGUUAUUUCGCGUAUGAGGAUUUGAAUUGUUUGGGGAUGUCCACAUCUCAGAAGCACAGAAGCUUUGUUUCAGAGCCUAUUUCGGAGAAAGUUGUAGAGGAACUCCCAGGAAUAGGUGAAAAGCUUGGAGAAAGACUCAAAGCGAAAGGAUAUGACAAGGCUUACGUCGUUCUAGGACAGUUUCUUCUCCUGCGAUGCGAAGAAGACCUAUUUAAGGAAUGGCUUUCCCAGACAUGUGGUGCUAACUCGAAACAGUCUGGGGACUGUUACAAUGCAUUAAAAGACUGGUGUAGUUGUUUUAUAUUCUAGUUAUACUGCGAAGACAAUUAUGUAAAUCACUUUUGUUAUAUGCACCCUAUUUUUUUCCACAUAAAUUGACUCUGUUAUCAUCUAUUUUGUGUUCCUCAGAUUUAUGCAUUCAAAUACUCGGUGCAAUACACUAUUAUGUAACGACUA